AAUAGAUGAGUGAUUAGCCUCCCCAAUAUUAGGAAAACAAUAGAACUCAACACCCAAAGAAUCAUAAUCCUCGUUAUUCAGACAAUAAUAAUUCCUAGAACAAAUAGGGGCACAAUUUUAGAGACUCCUAUAAGUAUGAUCAUUUUAAUCUCUUAUAUAGUAAAAAUCAGAAUCAUUAUCGUCAAAGCCAUGCCAACUACUCUCACAAUUACAAUAAUAAUAAAUAAAAUAAUUACAGAUACACUCAGAAACAAAGAGAUCAGCCCUAUUACUCUUAAUCUGAUUCCAUUUCUUAUGAUCAAAAACAUUCUGUGCCAACUGAAAAUCAACAAUAAACCAAUAAAGAUGUUGUCUAAUUAAACAAUCAAGACUCACAAUCAAAGAAUCAAAUUAAAAUUGGCGACUCUACUAUACAAAAUCAAUAAUUAUAGGAAAUUGAACAAUCGAAUAAAGUUCAGGCGUCUAAUGAUAUACAAGGCCAAUCUAUAAAAAAUACAUAGUAAUCACAAAAUUAAAUAAGUGGUUCUCUAUCUUCAAAUACCAAGGAAAUAUAAAAUACAACAUCCUAUGAAACAAAUACAAAUGUAAAUGCUAAAUAAAAUGAAACAAUCCAAAAUAAUAAGUAACUUCUUGGCAUUUAAUAAUAAUAAUUGAUUUAAUAAAAAUAAAUACCAUUAUUAGUAUAAUUUUUGAUUCUACCAAAUGACACAACUUCACAACCUUAAUUGAUCCCAUUAACAUUAGUAAUUAUUAAAGUAAUUAUCUAUAGUAAAAUUUAACAUAAACAUACGAGUAAUUAAAGCUAUUAAUUUAAAAUGAUGAUUAACAAUAGAUUUGA